AUGGCGUCCAUCACCCGCGCGUUGCGGCCUCUGUGCCGGACUACUCCCUCGUUCCGCAUGGCCGCAAGACGGCCAUUGCCUUCUCAUUUAGCUCGGAGUACCCAUGCGUUCUCUACCACAUCCCGCCGGCGGGAUGUCGACUUGUCCACUCUGACACCGACCCCGAUCACCCUUCUUUCCGAAACAGAGUCAAUGAUGGCCGACACAGUGUCAAAGUUCGCUCAGGAGCAGAUUGGACCUAAGGUCCGAGAUAUGGAUGAGGCGGAAGCCAUGGACCCCGCCAUUGUCGAGCAGCUGUUCGAGCAAGGGUUGAUGAGUAUUGAGGUUCCCGAGGAAUACGGUGGAGCCGGCAUGAACUUCACAUCUGCCAUCGUGGCGAUUGAGGAAUUGGCGAGAAUUGACCCUAGUGUCAGUGUCAUGGUCGACGUCCAUAACACACUCGUGAACACGGCUAUUAUGAAAUACGGUGAUGCCCAGGCGAGACGGACGUGGUUGCCCAAGUUGGCUACCGGCACUGUGGGCUCAUUCUGUCUGUCUGAGCCUGCGUCUGGAUCGGAUGCAUUCGCUCUGCAAACCAAGGCCGAGAAGCUUUCCGAUGGAUAUAAGUUGAAUGGUUCGAAGAUGUGGAUUACCAACGCCAUGGAGUCUGGUGUAUUCAUCGUCUUCGCUAACCUUGACCCCAGCCAAGGGUACAAGGGUAUCACUGCCUUUAUUGUCGAGAAGGACACGCCCGGGUUCUCUAUUGCCAAGAAGGAGAAGAAGCUGGGAAUCCGCGCCAGCAGCACCUGCGUUCUCAACUUCGACGACGUGGUGAUUCCCAAGAGCAACCUCCUGGGUGAAGAAGGACAGGGCUACAAGUAUGCCAUCAGCGUUCUUAACGAGGGUCGCAUUGGUAUUGCUGCCCAGAUGACUGGUUUGGCACUGGGUGCUUGGGAAAACGCUGCUCGCUAUGUCUGGAAUGAUCGCCGUCAGUUUGGUCAGCUCAUUGGAACCUUCCAAGGCAUGCAGCAUCAGUUGGCUCAGGCCUACACCGAAAUUGCUGCAGCACGUGCUCUGGUCUAUAACGCCGCACGGAAGAAGGAAGCAGGUCAAGAUUUCGUCCAGGACGCCGCGAUGGCCAAGCUCUAUGCCUCACAGGUUGCAGGUCGCGUAUCUGGCUCUGCAGUAGAAUGGAUGGGCGGAAUGGGCUUCGUGCGCGAGGGUAUCGCAGAGAAGAUGUUCCGUGAUAGCAAGAUCGGCGCUAUCUACGAAGGAACCAGCAAUAUUCAGCUGCAGACCAUCGCGAAACUUCUGCAGAAGCAGUAUACUAACUAA